ACCCCAUCUCUGCUUCUUCCAGGAACAGCAUGCCGUGCUCAAGGAAGCCGAAGCCCUCCUGGUGACACCAUCUUCACAACCAGGCAUUCGCCUCCAGGAUGCCUCUGUCUCUGCCUGGGCCCCUACCCUUGACUGGAAGGACUGAAGAGAACACCACCUGUGCUCCCAACUCCCUCACCCUUACUCCCAGAGCCCUGUAGUCCCUGCAAGAACAAGUUAUAAUGAAGAGGAGGAUUUUCUCAUUCUUUCGUGGCUUCACUGUGAGCUCCUCUCUGCCUGGCUAUGUCGUUUUCUUCAUUGCUCUGCAUAUUCACAAUUUGGCAUCAGCACAGUUCACAGUGACUGGACCUGACCAUCCAAUCACCGUCUCUGUAGGUGGGGUGGCUAUCCUGCCCUGCCACCUCUCCCCCAGGAUGAGCGCUGAGGACAUGGAGGUGAGAUGGUUCCGAUUUCAGUAUCAUCCAUUCGUUCACCUGUAUCAGGAGGGACAGGAUCAGUAUGAAGAUCAGAUACUUGAAUAUCAUGGGAGGACAGAGCUGCUGAAAGAUGACAUCACUAAUGGGAGUGUUUCCCUGAGAAUAGACCAUGUCCGGCCCUUUGAUCAUGGACAGUACACAUGUCUUUUUCAAUCCAGUAUCUUUUAUGAAGAAGCCAUAUUGGAACUGAUGGUAUCAGCUAUGGGCUCGGACCCCUACAUCUCUGUUGAUGGUCACCAGGAUGGAGGGAUCCGGGUUGUGUGUCGAUCGGUCGGGUGGCACCCAGAACCUGAGGCUCAAUGGAGAGAUCACCAUGGGCAGCUGUUAUCAUCUGCCUCUGAAAAAAUAUCCAAGGAGGCCAAUGGCCUAUUUCAAACUCAGAUUUCUAUUGUUAUAACAGAAGAUUCCAACCAGAAUUUGUCCUGUUCUGUCAGGAACCUGCUCCUCAAUCAAGAGACAAUAUCAACAGUUUUCAUAGCAGAGCUGUUCUUCCCAAGGGUGAGUCCCUGGCUGGUGGCUCUGGGGGUGAUCCUGGCUCUCCUGGCUCUUCUCAUUGCCCUGGCCACUUACUGCUUCUGGAGGCAGCACAGAGCAAAAGAGACGCUGCGAUCUGACCUGGAGAGACAGAAAGAAGAACAUCGUGAAGAAAAAGGGAAACUCUUCACUGAAUUGGGGCUUGGGUUGAGAAGAGCCCAGCUAUAUGCAGGUACUGUACCUGACACUGACACUUUACUCAUGUCAACAUCCCACUUGCCCCGGGAGCUCUCUCCUCACUUCCCCAGUGCACCAGCACUUUCAUAUCAAAAGCAAUAGGCUGGAAAUAGCAGUGUCCCUGGGGGUGGGUGGAAAGGAUCAAGCGACACCCCAGGUUUAUUGCAGAGCAGGGACAUGGCCCCUUUGGGAAAGAGCUGAUUAGUGAUGAAAUGCUGCCCCCUGGUGUCACCUUUCCAGAGCAGUGCCUGGGCUCUGCAAGAUGGACAUUCUCAGCUGUAUAUAAUUAAACGGAACUGCUCAGCUCUCUCCUCCCAGCAGCAUCACCAUGCUCAGACCGAGCU